CUUCCAUCGUCACAUCUCGGAUCUGUGCGGACGUCUGGAGGCCCGACCAUGUCUGCGAGAGAGAAGGGGAUCCUGACCAAAGACAGCGUCAGCCUGCUGCCCUGUUUCUACUUCGUAGAGCUGCCCAUCCUGGUGUCGUCCGUGGUCAGUCUGUACUUCCUGGAGUGGACGGACGUCUUCAAGCCGGUGAAGUCCGGCUUCACCUGCCACGACCGCAGUCUGAGCCUGCCCUACAUCGACCCCAACCACGAGGUCAUCCCCCUGCUGAUGCUGCUCAGCCUGGCCUUCGCUGGACCCGCCAUCACGAUCAUGAUUGGAGAGGCCAUCUUGUUCUGCUGUCUGUCUCGGAGGAAGAGUGGCGCCUGCGCAGAGGCGAACAUCAACGCCGCCGGCUGCAACUUCAACUCCUUCAUACGCAGAGCCGUGCGCUUCGUUGGCGUCCACGCGUUCGGUCUCUGUGCCACCGCCCUCAUCACCGACAUCCUCCAGCUGAUGACAGGAUACCCGACGCCCUACUUCCUCACCGUGUGCAAACCCAACUACACCACGCUCAACAUCAGCUGUGAGCAGAACCCCUACGUCAUGGAGGACAUCUGCUCGGGAUCCGACCCCGCGGCCAUCAACCAGGGCAGAAAAUCCUUCCCAUCGCAGCACGCCACCCUCGCAUCCUUCGCCGCUGUCUACGUUUCGAUGUACUUCAACAGCACUCUGACCGACUCGUCCAAGCUGCUCAAGCCCCUGCUGGUCUUCUCCUUCGUCAUCUGCGCCAUCAUCUGCGGUCUGACCAGGAUCAUCCAGUACAAGAACCACGCCAUCGACGUCUACCUGGGCUUCCUGCUGGGAGGAGCUAUCGCCGUGUACCUGGGCUUGUACGCAGUGGGAAACUUCCAGCCUAGUGAGGAGUCCAGCUGCAGCCCCCCUCCUCUGCUGCACCGCCCCCCCUGCUCUCUGCCCCACAUCAGCCAGGAGGCCGUCCUUCACCACCUGCAGAUGAAAGCCAGCAUGGCCGGGGAGCCGGGCAUCCCCACCUCCCACUCUGAGGGCCUCCUCCACCGGGGCCUCCAGCAGCAGAGGCCUGAUGACGGCAUGAAGCACGCCGGCGCAGACGUGGAGAUGAUCUCCCCCCGCGGCUCCCAGAGCAAAGACGCCAUGGUGACCUUUAGCCACACCCUCCCUCGGGUGCACACCCCCCAGGCCAUGGCAGCAUAUGAGGAGGCAGCCAGACGUCACGCCGCCACGCUCCACCACGCCUCCAUGGACUCCAGCCGCUCAAAGCAGCUUCUGUCUCAGUGGAAGAGUAAGAACAACCACAAAUGCUCCCUGCAGGUCCCAGACUCCUUCUCCUCCUCCGUGGACUCCUCGUCAGGUCAGUCCUCCCAGCACCCGCACCACCACGGCAGCAUGGAGCUCCGGUCCAGCUCCGAACCCUCGGCCGUGGGUCUGAACGGAGGCUUCGACGGUCACGCAUACAUGUCCAAACUGGCCACAGGCGCCAGCACCACCCUGCCCAGUAACUGCAGUGGCAUCACAGGAGGGGCCAGGAUUUCCAUGCAGUCUAGACCCGGGUCUUCACAGCUGGUGCACAUACCAGAGGAAGCUCACGAGAACUACAGCGUCGCCUCCCCGAGGACGGUGGGAGGAGGAGGAGGGAACGAGGGGAUGUCGGCAGUGAACAGCACCGUUCAGGCGAACUGGCACAGAGCAGCAGAGAAGACGGCGGCGUGCAGGACUAACGACACGGGGCAGAACUCCCAGCCCAGAAUCAUGCAGGUCAUCGCCAUGUCCAAGCAGCAGGGCCUGCUGCAGACACACUCCAAGAGCUUAGACGAAAGCAGCAUCGGCUGCAGCGCCGCCGGGAGCUGCCAGGGCUCCGCCCGCUACCGGGUGCUAACUGAUCCAGACCCCCCCACCAUCGUCCGAGUGGAGGCCCACCCGGAAAACAACAGGCCUGUGAUCCAAGCUCCGUCCACUGAUGGAAGCGGGUCGUGGAGGUGGCGCUCCCUGGAUCAUGGCAAUGGAAGUGGGAGUUUGAGGCAGUCCUUUGAGCUCAACGAUCUAAACAGAGACUCAGAGAGCUCAGACUCCGUACGUGAAGGCUCCAUCGACAGGAAACGCAACACCGGCCAAUCAGAGCAGAGGCUCCACCCCCAGGGCCUCUCGACCAUAAGGGUCACUCCAGGGGAUGGAGGAGAGACCGCCUCAGAAACCCUCUCUGUCGCCUCCAGCCGCGAGUCAACGCUGCAGAGAAAAGGCAAUAAUAUCAUCCUGAUCCCAGAGCGCGCCAACAGCCCCGAUAACGCCCGGAAUAUUUUCUACAAGGGGACGUCGAUGACGCCGGUGUUCAAGGACUGA